AUGGCCGGCCCCAAUCUCGAACUCUUCAAGUUCGGCAUGUACCUCUUCUUCCCACUAGCGGUCAUGGUACACUACGGUGAUCCUGAAUGGUACCAUCGCAAUGUUCUUCCGAUUCGAGAUCAAUUCUGGCCAAAAGAAGAAAGCCUGUACAGACCACCACGAAACUCUGACGACGUCAAGUCAGCGUUGGAUGAGAUGAAAGCUAAGCGUUUGGCAAGGAGGGAAGCUAGGUUGAAGGAGGAGGCUCAAGCUGCGCUCGGGCAGCGAUCGACAGCCUCUGCAUCCGCACCAUCGAAAGCAACAGAACAGAAGACGGUAACACAGUUGGUGGAGGACAAGAGGAGCCAGCGUUUGGUGUAG